CCUCCUUCACCUCCACCACCUCCUGCGCCCCGGGCAGCACCGGCCCGGUGCCCCGCCGGCGGCGGCAUGGACAAGGACGGCCUUAGCCGGGCUGACCAGCAGUACGAGUGUGUGGCCGAGAUCGGCGAGGGUGCCUACGGGAAGGUGUUCAAGGCCCGGGACCUGAAGAACGGAGGCCGUUUCGUGGCGCUCAAGCGCGUGCGGGUGCAAACCGGGGAGGAGGGCAUGCCGCUCUCCACCAUCCGCGAGGUGGCGGUGUUGAGGCACCUGGAAACCUUCGAGCACCCCAACGUGGUCAGGUUGUUUGAUGUGUGCACAGUCUCACGGACAGACAGAGAAACCAAGCUCACGCUAGUCUUCGAACAUGUUGAUCAAGACUUGACCACCUAUUUGGAUAAAGUUCCAGACCCAGGAGUACCAACAGAAACAAUCAAGGAUAUGAUGUUUCAGCUGCUUCGAGGUCUGGAUUUUCUUCACUCUCACCGAGUAGUACACCGGGAUCUAAAGCCACAGAACAUCCUUGUCACCAGCAAUGGACAGAUUAAACUGGCUGAUUUUGGCUUAGCACGGAUCUACAGUUUUCAAAUGGCUCUUACCUCAGUGGUCGUCACUUUGUGGUACAGAGCACCCGAAGUCUUGCUUCAGUCCAGUUAUGCUACUCCAGUGGACCUAUGGAGCGUCGGCUGCAUAUUUGCAGAAAUGUUUCGUCGAAAGCCUCUUUUUCGUGGAAGUUCCGAUGUUGAUCAACUAGGAAAAAUCUUGGACGUCAUUGGACUCCCAGGAGAAGAAGACUGGCCCAGUGACGUGGCCCUUCCCCGGCAGGCUUUUAAUGCAAAAUCUCCCCAACCAAUCGAAAAGUUUGUGACAGACAUCGAUGAGCUAGGCAAAGACUUACUUAUGAAGUGCUUGACAUUCAAUCCAGCAAAAAGAAUCUCGGCUUGCGGUGCAUUGUCUCAUCCGUAUUUCCAUGACCUGGAGAAGCCUCGUGAGAAUGUAGACCCCCGGACAUCCCCCAGCCAAAGCAGCAGUGAGGGGAACAGCGCAUGAGGCGAUCAAAGCUCCCUGGAGCUGAACUGACUGACGACUAAGGGGCCGCCCUCUGGGACAGGCAGUGUGGCUGCCGAUCACGUCUGGGCUUCUGGAGGGUCUGUCUCUCUCUUCUGGAUGGUGAUCUGUUUCUCCCAGGAAACUGACCGAGUUUACUGUUUCUGAAUCAAUGCAAAAGCAAUUUUGGGCUUGAUGUCUGUGUGUCUGUCCAUUCGUUUGUUCGUUUGUUUGAAAUGCCUGGGAAAAAAAAAAACUCCAGAUGAAGAGAAGCUGCUGACCAGUUUUGCUGCCGUUUCUUUUGUCCAACAUCAAAUGCUGCCAGUGUGAAGUAGGAAUAAUCCAGUCACUGCCGACUUAAGAUGUAAUCUCUCUAUAGCUGCUGAAGCCUAAUUUGGUACAAGAUCUUGAGAGAGAGAAAGUGUGAGUGUGCGUGUGUGUGUGUGUGUGUGUGUGUGUGUGUGUGUGAGAAGUGUUUGUGUGCUUGUAAUCUCUUAAAGUGUUAUUUUUUUAACUACAUAGAAUAAUUGAAUUUUUAGAGGCUGAUGGGAAUGAAUAUAGAUGCAUCUAUUUACUGAAGAGAAAAUAACAGAAUUAGAACUUCUCCAGCGAGAAAUUUGGGCCUAUAGUGACAACAUCUCCUUUCUGUCUAAAUACAGUAAGUUUACAAGGCGUGAAAGAGUUUAUGACUACCUAGGUAAAAGUGGAUGCACACUGAAUAAUUCAUCCCUGCCUUUCCAGCCCCUCUAUGAGUAUCUUUAAGGGAAUUGUUUUGAAAUACAUAAAAUCCUCUGCCCUCUUUGGAAAGCUAAUUUUAUUUGAUGCAAAUCUGUUUUGAUUGUACAACAUAAUUAUUUUUCUCUCAAAACAGGGCCCGGAAAUCAUUUCCUUACUUAUCAUUGACUUCAGGGACUGUCCCUCAAAAAAGAAAAAAAAAGAAAAAAAAGGAGAGAGAGUGCCUUUUUUCUGGUUUGCGACUUUUUAAAAGAUUUCUUAAGGCCUCUUUUUACAGCAUUUCCUAUUUUAGUUGAGAGAAUCCUUUUUUUCUAGCUGGUUACAGGAAUGCCCUAAGCAUUAUCUCUACAUGUAAACACUGUACUCUCUAAUGCACUGCCUUACUUGCAUUGUGUAUUACCUCCUCGUGCCUACGUACAUCACUGCCAGCUGGUUCAUUAUGUCAUUCUGCAUAACUUCUUCCUGUGUCAGACAAACCUCUCCUAUCUAAGGAGUAAGAUUGCAACUUUAUGACCACCAACUCUACAGCCUUCUUCCGGCCCCACUGGGCUUCUCUUUCAAGGUUCGGAUGACAUGAUCCUUUGCUUUCCUAUUAGGAUACACACGUCUCUAUACCACCAGCAAAAAAAUGUACAAACCUCUUUGUAAGACGGCUUGAAUCUAUAGCUUAGUAUUUUGCCUUUUUUUGACCCAAUCUUUUUUCAGUACAGCAUAUAUUUUUUUAAAAGGCAAAAAAAAAUUUUUUCACUAUUUUCAGAAAUAGCCUUCUAUUUACUCUACAAAAGUAUUGAGGUUUUCCCCAUCACUUGGUCCAUAUUUCCUUUCUAGUUCCUCUUGCUCUUUGAUCUGGGGCAGGGGACCUGUGCUAAAAGGUUCCUGGUUCCCAUGUUGUUCUUCUCCUACUACAAAUGAAGAUCACUGCCUUGUGGCUGUUUUUCUUUAAAUUGUUACCUUUUUCCUGCUUUUUCCUUAAAUUGUUACCUUCGAGGUAGCUGCUUUCAUGACGGUGCUCACCCUCAAUCCUUUGCUCAUAUGAUCUCUGUUUUCUGGUGCCUAAUGUCUGAUAGCAAGAACAUGGCUGGCCAAAUAUCUUUGGAGAACUGUUGACUCUCACUUUUGCUUUUAGACUGUUGCCUUGAACAUCCACAUCAGUUACGGUUAUGUUCAGAGGUAGAAUUAUCAAGGAAUGAAUGAGUCAGACUACAGGAUAUCGUGCAGAUUUAUGCAUUAGGAAGGAUUGUCGUUUUCAUGAGAACUAACAAUAUGCAGCUUCAUGGAGUAUACAAAUAUAUCAAACUAAAGAAAAAAUGAAGGACAUCUGGGUCUGGGGAAUCGUUUUAAAAGAAAUUUACAUAUACGGGUUUGUUUCAGUGAUAGAAAAGUUGGGAAUUUUCCUUCAAAAUAGAGUCAUCAAAGAAGAAUAUUUCACAAGUUUUUCAGUUCUUCUUCUUUUUAUCCUUGAAAUAAAAUUCUCCUGAAGGGCACCUUGAUAAUACCAAAUAUGUCCAAGGAUGGUGAGUUUGCCUUUCUUUUGGAGUUACGACAAAGAGGAAGAUAUGUUUUGUGCUGUCACAUACUUGGGUUAAAGAACCUUCCUGCCUUGCUAUACUAUAUGAGCUUUUAAGUCAGCCUCCCUGUAAUCAUCACUUAGGCAAAAGUUUGAGUCACACUGAUGUGCUGUUCCAGAGCUUCUGUAGUUUGUUUUAUUUUUGUUUUGUUAAUUGGCUCAGGAAGUUCACCUUUCCUUUCUAGUAUUUAUGAUUGACUUAAUUUUUUUUAGUUUUUUUUAUGAGAUGUUUAAAACACAUAAUUUGUCCCAAUAUCCUUUCCAAAGUUAUCCCCUGGUAAUACAAAAUAAGACAAAGCAGUUCACCCUCUAGCGUUGAUCCCCUUGGCCAGAGACUUAUUCCUUUUCUCUUCUGCUAACUUGGGGAUUUGGCUAGCAUAACUGUUUUUGCAACUUUGUGCUUUUUUAGCUAGCAGUCACCUCCCAUGUUUGCCAUUUCCUGAUUCAGGAUCCACAUCAGGCCCCGCUGCUUUUAACGAGAGCUUUGCUGAACCAUCCCAAAUGGUCCCCUGCGCUUUAGUAUAGUAUUCUUCUGGGAAACAUUGUUCCAUAGAUCUUGACUAAUGCUAAGAAGCCAAGGUCACGUAGGAAUUCAAAAUGCUUCUCAAGCCUUAUCUGAAACCCAUGUAAUACAUAUUAGAAAUGCAUGGUAGAUUUGAAGGUAAGUGUAAAAACUAUUAUUGUUGGCCUGGUAAAGGCACAUCCAUCAUGUUUCCCAUGUCACAAUGGAAGAGAACUGGCUAACGUCUUAUAGUGGACAGCCAUAGGCUUUCUUGUAUUUACUGUAGCAAAGAAAAGAUGAAGAAAAUGCUGUCCAGAGCAGAGUCCUAUGGCUAGUUCAGGGCAGUCCCCUGUAUGGAAAAGAGGCAAAAAUUCUAAUCUGAGGGAAACAGAUUCUUCCAUUUUGAUUCUUCUCUGAAGUCAACAGGAAUUCAGAGUUCAAGAAAGAGGAAUGUUUGGGGCAGUCUCAGUCCCUUCUCCUCUCAUGGUUACCUCUUAAUAAGCUUAUAUCCUGGGUUUCAGACCUUCUAGUCCCCAGGUAACUUACCAAAAAAGAUCAAAAUUAUCCAACCUAAGACUAGAAGCUGGGCAUCUUGCUGAUUUGUAGGUGGUACCAUACUCAACAUCUCUUCUAUAAAUAAGGUGCAGUAUUACAACUGGAGCAGUCCAUCUUUUAUCUCUUUGGUUGGGCUUUUUUUUUUUUUAAGUUGAAGAAUGGUUUUUUAAUUUCCCACAGAAAUGUGUCAUUAUCUUGCUGGGAAACCAGAUAUUUUGCUUCUUAAAUUAUCUAUUUGGCAUUAUGAUGCUUGAUUACGCACUAUGGAUCUACCACCCCAAUAAAUGUUGCAUGUAGGGUCUAGAAGUGCCACGAUUAACAAUCCUCAUUCCAUCAUGGAAACAAAAUUAUUUAAACUUUCUAAUAACAUAGUAGACAUUAAGAUUCAGCUUACCAAAGAAUUCUUUGUUUCUUUCUUCUUGGAAGGUCAAGUAUUUUUGUACAUUUGUACCAGGCCAUAUAUCUUCUAUUUUUCUCAGAAGCAUAGCUCCUCCCACAGUUUGAGGUCAUAUCAAGUAUAUCAAAACCCAGAAGCUGGUGAAUUCUUUGAUGUGAUGAACAAAGCUUAGAUGGACACCCAUUGUUGGCCAGUUUGGCUCAUUCUUUUUCGCUAGAAGAAUUAAACUUAGAAAGAAAAUGUUAUCAUAGAAUCUUGGGUAAUGAAGGAUUUUCAGAAGAGUUUAGACUGUGAGAGAUAAAUAAGAUGUCAUUUGUUUAGACACUUUUGUAAAAAUAUGAGUUGUAAAAACAAUGGAGAAGGUUGGUGGAAGUUCAGAAGAAAAAAGAAAGUAUCCAAAGGAGGAUAGUUUGGAGGUCAUGUUGCAUCAAAAAAUGCAUGUUAUUAACAAACAUUUUGUAAGAAUAAUUUCAAAUUCCAACGGGAACCUUGAAUUUGGUGAAGUCAAAGGAAACUUUCAUGGAGAAACUAAGCCUUGAUUCUAAGAUGUUCCAUUUUUAUCAGUUAUCUUUAUUCCUCACUUGGGUAAUUAGUUAGCCUAUAAUUUCAUGGCAAAAAAAAAUUCAAACUAAGCUUUGCAGGUCAUAAUUUAAAAUGUUAAUUGUUGUAUGGAACAACAAGCCCAUGGGGGAGGGGGAGGAGUUGCCCGCAUAUCACUGGAGCAAAAAUCAGAAACCUUUUUAUUUCUCAGCAUUUACAAUUGAAACCAUUCACCAAAGCAUUGAAGCCAUUGUAUUACUACAGUUAGCAAAGUGUCUACAUGAGCAACAUCUUCACAUUUUUCAUUUUGGAAGCCUUUAGUGAUUCUUUAGGAGGCAACAUCUUCAGUAGACCAUCAGUAACUGUGUUUCUUCUUUAAAAAAUAAAAAAAAAUGACCAAUUUCAAAUUGGAAUGUGGCCUUUGCAUACUCAUCUGUGCUACAGUAGAUUAUUCAACUCCUUUUGUUGUCUUAUUCGCCUCUUAGCUUGGAAUUAUAUCUAGGGAUUUCCUAAUUGGUUGGUAUAUGUAGUACAAAAAUAAUAAUAAUAAUGCAACUCCAUCUUUCGCUAACUAUAAACAGCAGGAAUCAGGACAGAAGAAUCAAAUUUUUAAGUGGUAUUAUUUCCCCUCACUCUGGUUUGAACACUUAGGAACAUCAUUUAGCUUUUCAAACGGGUUUUUUUUACAUCCCUUUUCCAUGAAUUCAGGGAGGGAAAAAAUGGAAUUGUAUCAACAAACUACUAUUUCUUCCUUAGGUCUUCAGUAUUUCAGAGCUGUGAUCCUAAAUGACAGGUGAAAAUCCAUCCCAACAUGUCUUUAGAAUGUAUGUGUGUGUGCAUGUGUGUUGUGUCUGAUUUUGAUUAGUCUAUGAUUUCCUUGGUGUCAAUACAAUCCAGUCUACACUUUCUAAUCCUUUUGAUUCCCAUCUAUUUGUUCCCUUAAAUCAAACUACCAUGUCUUCUAUGUUAUUCUUAGGCACAAAUUAUCACUGAUGACCUGCAGCAGCUUAAUUACACCCACCAUUAAUCAAUAAUUCAUUUAUAUUAAUUACUUGGUGAUCACAGUAUUCUGUGAUUCACAGCCAUCCCUAACCACUAGGAGAAUGUUGGCAUAACCUUAGAGAAGUUUUGAAGCGAGCCUGGGAAUAUGAUAGGAAGAGAACAAUGAAAAUUGUUUUUAUUUUUUUGUUUUAUUUCCUCUAGACUGACCUUAAGAGAUUAUUCAUUUUAUUCUACAACAUGAAACUUUGGGAGGAAAAUCUGGGAAAUUCUAAGGUCAUAAAUAAGCUUUUAAAUGUUUCCCCUUCUUUGAUGCUUAGAUUUAUUUUAAUUUUUAUCUGGUACCAGUUUUUCCAAGAUAAAUAAUAUGCCUGAAAUCACCCAGAAAUGCCAGUGGGGGUGAUGAUUUAUCAGUUUCUUGUAGAAGUAUAAAUUACCUAUAAGGGAAAUAUUUCUGCUUUGGUCAUUUAAGGGAGAGACCCUGUCUCUAUAUAAGUAGGUAUUAUUAACUGAUAAAUGAAGCAGCUCUCCACAACAUAGGCUAAUUCUGAUGGAAAUGUGGCACUCUUCCCAUUUUUCUCAAUGAAAGAGUUUACAUCUGGAGUUUAGUACUGUCAGGUUCCUUGCUGCAGGUAGCUGUAUUUUUACAUGAAGAUCUAUCACCCUAAUGAAAUAGGGCAGUAGGGUGAUCAGAUCAUGCAACCAAGCAAUACAUAAAAGCCUUUGUUCCAAAGCAUCACUGUCCCCAAAAGAGUUCCUUCAAAUAAUAAUAGACAAUAAAGAAUGUUCACAUUGCAGUACUCCAUUUGAAUACAGAACUAGGGAGAAAGAGAUGAUUCAUUUUCUAAUCUAUGAGCCUAAAUCUGUGAACAUUACAACUUUAGAAUAUGUCUAUUCUGUCAUAUACUGGUUCUGUGACCUUGCAGGUCAUUUGUUUCCUCUGUGUACUCAAGAAACUAGCUACAGCUUUUACAUUGUAGAACUGCUGCUGAUCUGUAUUCGUAGAGAGAAAUUCUUCCUAAGAGAUGAGUGAAUUCACAGAUAUAUUGGAGUGAAUCUGGGACUCAUGUAUGUAAUUUAUAGGGAGUUUCACACAUAUAUGGUAAGUGGAUGUGAUUCCUUUUUCCCAAGUUAUACCUGAGAAUAUACUUUUUAUAAAUUGUUGUUUUGAGAAAAAAAUUUAAAUGCUUUUUAUUUUAGAGGAAAACAAUAACUGGCCCCAAAACUCAUUGUGGUGCAUAUGCUCCAAAAUUAGUUCAUCUUCCCCAGGAAUGUCAUUUUAAGUAGAAAAAAUCAUUUUAUUGGCUAUAUAGGAACUCCACCCAUCUCUUAAAGUUCACAACUCUGAACGUGACCCAGCCAAAACCCUUUCUUUUGUUUUUUAAUUCCCUUCAUAGAAUAAAAAUAUGGUAAUGACUAAUGUCCCCUGGGAAAUAUUACACAUAUGCCUUCCUGUCAGGUAUUCUGUAUCUUCUAUAAAUAACACUUGAAAGAUUAUUCAAGACUCCCCCUAGUAUAAUGGAUUUCCAGUUCUAAUUUCAAAAUGAAAGACCAAGUGAGAAUCUCUAGAUUGUCCUAAGAGGGCUAAGAAGCUACAGUAAAAUGUGUGUAUCCAAAGGUGGCUUCACCUCAAAAAUUGCAGUUAUUGGCUAUCUCAAUGGGGAAAUUAGUGUUUGGCCUUAAUUAGAGACUAGACCUCCCAUCCAUUUGUCUUGAAAUGAAGUUCAGCCUGAGCUAGAUACCAUGAAUGUUGUUUUGGCCUUGAAGCUAACUAUUGGACAAUGUUUAAGGAAGAAACACUAGAAUCAAAAGAAUAUUUCUUCAAAAUUUAUGCAAAGGUUAUUUUGAAGAGAUGUGGUUCUUGCAUUUCUGCCUAAGGUCUGUUAGUCUGGGAACAGUGAAUCUACAAACUUAUCCAAGCUUGCUUCCCACUCCCCAUCCCCACAAGAGAAAAUGGAUAAUUAUAAGAAAGCUACAUUGGAUUGCUUUUUACCAUUUUGCAUUUAGCUGGCUCUUGUUUAACUAUAAAAAAUGGACCCAAAAGAACUGAUCACAAAUUCCUUGUUUCUGCCUUCUCCUUAACUUACCAUAACACAAAACAGGGGAAUUUUGCUUUUCUUCUCACCUUUUCCCAUUUCUGUCUAGUAAUUAAGUAUCUAUAAAUGAAUACUCAGCUACCCCGGCGUAUUCCUAUGUACUUCAUUUUGUGUUGAAUUACUGGGGGGAAGAUUCACAUUGUUUGAUACAUGGGUUUUCUUAAAAGAGCCCAUCAUUAUAUCAUUUCUAGACUAUUCUAUUUUUGGUUUUCUAAAGCAUCCAUCUAUGAUGUUAGGCAACUGUUCUGAAGAUCCUCUUGGUGCCCUUUUUGGAGGCCUCUGGUCCUUUAAAAAUAUUCACUAUGUUAAAAGAAGCAUUGAUAUUUCAGUGAUCCCAAAGCACUUUGAAUUUGACUUGGCAUUUGAAAAAAAUGAACACAGUGAGGCAAUGGCCACGUUGCUCAUAGUCCUGAAUGCAAUUCUAUUUCCACUCUUGAACCUGUGUUUGUGAUGAUGGGUGCCCAUGUAUAUCAGUAGUCCUUCACUUGCAUGUAUUCAUGCAUUUUGCCAUGAUGAAGUACCAUAAAACUCGAAGUACCAACUGCCCACCUAUGUGUACAUGAGGUGGAAGAUAUUCUCUAAAUUGUAUUCAGAAUCUAAAAAGGUUUAUCUACUGCCAAGCUUCAUUAUUUAUUUCUGGAUUAUAUUUGCCACAUGGAAAUACAGCUGGAGACAGAAAAAACCUUAAAGCUUGUUGUUUUUUAUACUCAUGCAUUUAAUGCUCAUUGCCAUUGUCAAAGGGGCACCUACUCUAGAUGGAAAGAAAUUAGAUUGAUGUGCCAGAGUAAGCUGCAAGCCUUUGCGUUAGACAAGUGAAAUGAGCUUGGUUGGAUAGACUAUAUCAUACCUGAGUCAUGAGUCAGUUUUCUCAUAUAGGCAAAGAAAAUAACAAAAAGGCCUCUGAAAUGGUUUUUGCUGUCAACUUUAUAUAGCAUAAGGUUAAAAAAAAGUCAAAAAACAAAAACUCACGUUAGAACCAUCCCAGGUACUGCCUUAAUUUAGGAGCCACCCUAGAUUGCCAUCUGUGAAAGUGCCAGUCAGGGACAGAUGCCUAAGUUGGUGCCUUAUUUUGCCUGGGUUUGUGAAAAAGCUUUUCAGAAUCAUAAAGUGCCCUUGUCCACGCUAAUGGAAUUGGGUCAAACUAUUGACAGACAGAAAGAGCCCGGGGUGAGGCUACUGUAGAAACAAUUUCCACAUGUGAUGGAUAUUGUGUCUCAAGGUUUCUAGAAUGUUUCAUACAACAGAAGGUUUAAGUUUUCAAGGUCUCAGACAACUCGGAUUCGUACAGAGGUAGUUUUCUUUGUAUUUUUAAGAAAGAAAUGAUUGCAAGUGGAAUGAUGUGCAACCAGAAUUUGGCAACUAGUAAUACCCAACAUUUCAGUUACUUGUCUAGCAUUUCAUUUUUGAUCUAAAGGUUUGAAAAGCAUGCUUUUUAGUCUAGAAAUACAGUAUGUGAUAAGAGAAGCACAAUAUUGGUACCCAUGAGAGUACCAGCACUAGAGAUUUUUAUAGGAUAUUUUUUCUGAGAUGUGUAGAAAUACAUUUAUACUGUAAAAUAUAUUUGGGGUUUGGGUUGUUUUGUUUUUACAAUUCCACAAAGCAUAAUCAAAACUUAUUUUUUUCAGGGUUACAAUACUGUAGGUCACACACAGUAAGCUUUUUUUUUUUCAGUGUAUUCUGAUCAUAGAUAAUAAUGUAAAUGUUGAAAAAAAAUCUGGGAUUAUACACUUGAAUUGUUGGUUUCUGUGUUUGAAAUUGAGGUUAUUCUGGUGAUGUCUAGGGCAGGAGUCCUGCAUGCCAGAAGAGACUUCUCUAAUCCCCUGCCUGACCUGGUCCUUGAUCGCUGACUGCCAUACUGCCAAUCUGGCAAUCCUGUAUCUCUCCAUCUGUUCUUGCUUCUAAUCUGGGCAUCCUUCAUGCCCCUUCCCCGGGCUUCCCAUUGUCUUGGACUGCCUACAAAGCUGGCUCUUCUUUAUUUACUUCUGCCCCUGCUCGGGUAGCAGAGGCCCAGUUAAGAGGUGCUUUUGAUGCCAUACUCAGUUGUGGAUAGACCUGUGUAUGCCCUGCUGCCACCCCCAUAAUCCCUUUGACCUUACACAGCAACUCAAAAAAGUUUCCAAAUGCUUGGUCCAAGGUAUAUGAAUCUAAAGUUGAUAAUGGACAUACUGUAAUAACUUUCCCACAUCCUGCAUCCAAAAUCAAAUCAUUUCAUAGAAAUGUCCAGUUCAGCUUUUGUUACAAGGUGAGGAAUUCCCAAAGGGUGUGAAAACCAUACAUUCCAGGCUGCUUUUUCUACCAGUUCACAGGCCAUCCUUUCACCGUAUUUCUUCAUACUUGAAAUUCAUUCAGCUAUUUUAAUAUCAGGGUACAAACAUGUUCAAGGUGCAUGUAUUACUGUUCCUUCAAAAGGUGCAUUUUUUUUUCAUUUCAGUGUGCUUAAUAAUUGCUAUUAAAUGGCUCUAUUUUUGGUGCUUUUGGACUAGCUAUUAAAAGAAAUGGUGCAUGAAGAUGCCCUGCCUAGAACAUAUCUUUACUCUAGAUCUAGUGGUUUUAUCAUUUCCUUAUGCUGGCUUAUUCCUUCUCUGUCCCUGGGAACAGAGAUGCAGAAAGGGCAGCCCUUGCCAAGAGGCUUGAUGCGUCAGGACCAACCUCCUGCCUUCCUUUGGCUCAGCCCACUGCAAGAGGCAGUUAUCUUGCAGCAUUGCUUUCUUAAAAACCCUUCCCUCUCCUGCUUAGCUGAGCUGGGUAAGCCUUCAAGACAGGAUGACCCAGGCCACAAAGAGGAAGGGGCUGAGUUGAGAAUAUCUAUUCUUACAGCACAGCUAUGACAUUCCCUUUUCUGGUAUCUUUACCUUGGACAGCUCCUAGGAGGGGAAGUACCUCUUAUCUCUUUGAAAGAACAUUCCUUCCUCAUAGCAGCCCAAGUGGAAAGCUCUGGCUUUUCCCCUCUAGGCAUUUGGAGAUGUAGGUCAACUUAUCUCUAAGCUUCCUGGCCUGAAAGGACAGAGAAGAGAUGGCAUUUAUUGGUCAAUGGAAUGUAACACCCAGGACCCCAGAAAGCAAAGUGUAGUAUCUAAAACUCAGUAAACCCUCAUAUAAAUCUUUCUGUUUCCAAAUCAGCCUAAGAAUGGGUUCCUUUACCCUGCUUCUCAUUAAGGUUCACGAUCUAACAUACCUUUCUAGCAUGCAGCUUACCUAAGGGAUUCAUAGUUUCAUUUCUUAGAACAGCUUAUGGAGAGAAGAGAGAAUGAAUGGACUGCAGGAAUAAUCACGUUAGCGAUCACAAUUGUUGAAAGGGCAGAAAAAAGUACAAAGGGUCACAGAUUUGGGAUUAGAUUAGACUUAUUUUAUCCAAGAAGUAAGUAGUCCUUUAGAACUGGAUGUCUUACUGCUGGCAGUGCUAGAAAGCCGAGUUAUGUAUUUAUUGUCAAAAGAUGAGAUUCAUUGUUUUUUUAAAAAUCAAUAUUGGAGUGCCAUUGUCAGAUUAAUAUUUUCAGUUAUGCACAAGGUAAUUUGAAGUUCAAAAAAGAGAAGUAGUUUGUAUAUUUAUCAUCCAAUUCAUACAGUUUCUUUCAAUAAAAGUACUGAUAGCAAAUAAAAAUAACAAAAACAGCAAUAUUUUUAAACUGCUUUCUCAAAGAUCCGCUGUCUUAACUAUAUUUUUCUUGUAUCUUGAUGUAAGGUGAAUACUGUCACAGUAAGUACUGAAUAAAUACAAAUUUUGGCAAAA